AUGUUACUGUACUUCGUGAACGCGCGUCUGGUCCACGGACAUUCUCAUCACUGCGCGCGCCCGCCUCCUCUCUGCCUCCGCUCGUGCGCGCGCAGUCUCCGGCCGCGCGCGUUCACGUCCGAUGCUACGAUGCCCCACAUCCGCCACAACAAUGUCCCUCAACGCGACAGCUCCGUCCUCCGCUUCGCCUCUUGCGCACGGGUUUGUCCUUCGCACGGGAUGCCGCUGAGGUACGUGGACGUUCGCUUCGUUUACGCGACCCCCGGUGUGCAGGCGCGUAACACCGGGCUGAGAACGACGUGA